AUGGGACAAGGAGUUUCCCUCGGCGAAACCGCCCAAGAGCGGUACUUCCUUCAAAAGGUGAAGCUUGGAGAAGGAUCUUUUGGCACUGUUUGGCGAGCCGUCGACAGGCAGACAAGCACCACCGUGGCAGUGAAACAGCUGGACAAGGCUGUUUUGCCCAAGCGUGGAGUCCGUCGUGCUGAUAUCGAACGAGAGAUUUCAGUCAUGCAGGCAGUGAAUCAUGAGAAUGUCACCAAGCUUUAUGGCUCGUGGGAGGAUGCACAAAGCAUUUUUCUGGCGUUGGAGUACUGCAAUGGUGGUGACUUCGGCGACAAGGUUCGGGAGAAGGGGAUGGAUUUAGAGGAGUGGGUGGCUGCCAAAUGGAUGUAUCAGAUCAUCUCGGCUAUUUGGGUUUUGCACUGCAAGAACAUUUGUCACCGCGAUAUCAAGCCAGACAACUUCAUGGUUCAUGAUGAGGUCUUGAAGCUUUCAGAUUUUGGUUUGGCGGUGCAUCUACCCUGGGGCCAACGCCUCACUGACAAGUGUGGAACUCCUGCCUUCAUGUCACCUGAGCAGCAUCAGCUGCCACAAGACAGCCGAGGUUAUUCUCACGCUUGCGAUGUUUGGGCUGCUGGCAUUACAAUGUACAUGGUGAUGUUUGCAGGCAAGCAUCCGUUUCUCCUCAACAGUCAUCAGCUGGACCAGCAGUCUUUGCUGUCUGGGCAUUUGGAUUUCAGCGUCAGCAGUGGGUUCUUGGGUUUUGCUAUGCCGAAAGACAGGUAUUCAGCUGUUGCACGAACUUUUUGCAAGCAGAUGGUUGCCCCUGAAGCAGCCCGCCGCAUCACGGCAGUUGAUGCGCGACAGAGUAUUUGGUUUCAGGAGCAAGGCAUCCUCACGAGAGUGAUGAGGAAAGUCGAUGUGGAUGCUGUGCCUGAGGAGGCUCCACCACCGCGCAAAGCGCCUGUGCACGUAGAAGUAGUCGGCAGGCAGCCUUCAAACCUGACAGAGGAUGCAGGCAACCAGUCAAGUGAGCCGAAGGAGACUUCGCAAGCAAGCUGGUGGCCCUUUUUGCCAGAGAAAACGGAGAGGCUUGAGAAGGCUGAGCCGACUGCCUCGCCAGUGCAAGACGCUGUAGAGGUCGCAAAACCAGAGCCGUCACAUGAGCUGCAGCAGCAGGUUCAAGACUUGCAGCUAAAGUUAAGGCAGCUUUCUGGAGAAAACGAAAUGCAGAAACUGCAGAACGAGUCCCAAUUCCAGAUGCUGCGGGAGAUGCAACAACAGCUGAAAAGACAGGUGACUCGAGACUUGGAGGCCACAGAGGCCACAGCUGCUGCGGCCAACACGGCCAUGCCAAAGGUCGUGAAAGAGGUAGUGGUGGAGGGAUAUUCAACCGCAGAAGCCAGUCCUCCGGUUCAGCGGAGUGAUACGCGAAGUCAAUCCCGCAAGCUUCAAACUGCUGCAGCGGCGGAGACUUUGCCUGCCACACUGAACGUCGGGAAAGGAAUGCGCUGCCGAUAUUGGUCUGCCACACACGGUGACCGGUGGCUGCCUGCUUGCGUGGCAAGAGUUCAACCAGAUGGCACGAUUGACCUUGAUAUCAAACCGCAUGCGUCCAUCGAGAACAUCUCUCCAACAGCUGAUGCAGCAGAAGCAGAGGCAUGGCCACCUGGCACCAGCGUCAGCUACAACAGUAGCACGGCCAAACGGUGGAUUCCUGCAGUGGUUCAAUCGUUCAACUCUCCUAGCAGCUCCAACCCUGUUGGCAGUUACAACUUGGAUGUGCGGCCCUGCGCGGAUUGUGACAAGAUCCGGCCUCGCUUGCUGAAACCCUCAGAGAUCAUGAAUAUGCCUGGCUGA